AUGACCACCCAAGUGUAUGUCCCCGGCCCUCGAGCCGCGACUUCUCUCCACACAUACAUCAACGACGUCUUAACAACCCGCUAUUUCGACAACAAAAUCUCUCGAUAUCUGCGGCCUUCAGACAUCGACAAACUUGCGAACGACCUCAAUGUCAGAAACAUCGUCGAAAGCGACAGGACUAUUCCUCGUGUCAAAAAGAACCUUCUGAUCAAUGUUAUCAAAAGAAAAGGACGCCGUAUGUUCAUUAUAUGCGUUGCCGCCAAGAUUACGAUGCAUUAUUUGAGCAUCUUCCUUCUGCAUAGAGCUACUGAUGCCGAAAUCCCCUUCGCGCAUGACAAGUUCAUUGACCAACCCCAGGACGUUCGCGACAAUGCCAGCCUCUUCAACGAGUUUCAGCACCUUGUACCUCAAGCCCUUACUGGUGGUGGCUUUGCUGCACACUAUUCAAGUGCUGGCGUGCCUAUUGAGCUGCCUGGCUCUUCACAAGGAGUUGAAUCAUUAGGAUCCGGUGGCCUCAUGCUCAAUGAAAGCAUUUCCCCGGAGAAGAUGGCACAGGGUGAAGGUUGGGUGGAGCAGCAGAUCCGUGGCCUUGCGGGUGCGCUCAAACUAAUCCACGAGCCACAGGACAGUCGCACCGGCGUCCAUCACGAUAUCAAGCCGGACAACAUACUUGCUUGUGGCAACGGUGUAACCCUGAAAUUCACUGACUGGGGCUGUGCUAGCUUCAGGGCUUCAGAUGACACGCCCUUGUCAAGUCCGAAAACGAGCGCGAGAGGGCAGUUCCCAUACCUUCCUCCGGAGCAUCUGGGUGCUCUCCCUGCUGGUAGCCCUACUGGUCGCCCUCACGAUGUUUGGGCACUAGGAUGUGUCUUCACAGAGAUUUUAGUGUGGUUGACCGAGGGCAAAGACGGUCACGGCACCUUCGCGAAGGAUGUGUAUGAAAAAGAAGGUGAGCACGAUUGCUGGUUCGUCGGUCAGGACAGUACACUGGACCUGUCAAAAGUUCUGAAAGACAAGCUCGACCUCCUUGAAUUGAGCAAAUGGCGCAAUAUGAUCAGCAUCAUCCGGACGAUGUUCACAAUUGACCCUCAAAACCGCAUCACGGCUCGGGAUUUGGUCACAGCUCUCAACGACUCACAAAACCCAAUUUGA